UUUGGAUUUACAUCUUCCCUCCCGCCAAACAUGUUACGUCGGGCCAGUCCUUUCGCCCUUCUGGGCCUGCUCUUUUCAGCGCUUCCUGCUGCAAGCCAUUCUUUCGAAAAUACUGCCAUUGUGCGCACGGUCGACCUUGGCGGCUCCCUUGUACAUGUUACCACAACAUACGCUGCAAGGUCUCUCGAGCCAGACGCUUCUAUCUACACCAUUGCCUUGGGCGAACAAGAAGAAGAGAAAACUAGCUGGAUAGAUAUCAAAGUAAAAGGCCAGCAGGAUUCUUUGGAUGCUACAGUAGAUUUCGACCCUCAAAGCCAAAUGCACCUUCUUGACGUGAAGCUACCAAAGGCACUGAGUGUCAAUUCGACCAUCAACAUCGUUCUAGAGACGGUGCAGACCCAUGCUACAUGGGCAUGGCCGCAAACUGCUGCACAGGGAGACGGCCAGGCGCUCAAGUACAAGACCAACCUUUUGGUUCCCAGCCCCUACAAGACCUAUGUCCAACGAACAAAAGUCAAGUCGCAGUCUCCCAAUAUCAUUUCAUACACCACCCCCGAACACCUCGACGCAUUCAUCCAGGAAGGAGGUCCUGUCACCAAGUCCGGUGCAACUAUCACAUACGGACCAUAUUACGACAUCCCUCCUUCGACGGAUGAGGACUUCUUGACCUCCAUUCAGCAGUUAGUCGUCGUGCAUUAUUCCUACGACUAUCCGGUGCUAGAAGUCCGUAAACUGCGACGCGCAGCAGAAAUCAGUCAUUGGGGUGCAAACCUGAACAUCCAGGACGAAAUAUCUCUUCAUAAUGCUGGUCCUACGUUGAAAGGACACUUCUCGCGUCUCGAACAUCAGACCCAAUCUUAUUUCAAGCGACCCGCCGCCCACGUUCUUCCGGCGCUGACUUUACAUUUACCAGCCGGGAUCAGAAACACGUACUACUAUGAUCUGAUCGGGAAUGUUUCCACCUCUCAUCUUCGCGUUGCCCCCAGCGCAAAGAAAGCGGCGAGGGCCCAAUACAGUGUAUUCGAGAUGAAACCACGCUAUCCUCUGAUGGGAGGUUGGAACUACAGUUUCACACUUGGCUGGGAUUCACCAUUGGAGAACAGUGCUAGCUGGGACGCUGCAACCGGAAAGCACAUUGUGGAGAUUCCGAUCAUGACGCCAAUCGUAGGUGCUGUCGUCAACGACGCGGAGGUCAAAGUCAUCCUUCCCGAAGGUGCAACAGACAUAUCAUACGUUACCCCAUUCCCUGACAUCUCGAAUAUCCUAUCAACUCACACAACUUACUUGGACACAACUGGGCGGCCAGCAUUGACAUUCAAGUACAAAGAACUCACCGAUAAGCACGCAGAAUCGAUUUAUGUGACCUAUCGAGUACCACUUUCUGCUCAUCUCAAAAAGCCCGUAGCAGUCGCUACUGCAUUCUUCAGCCUUUUCACUUUUGCUCUGUUUGCGCGUAGAAUUGACCUUACCAUAAGCAAGAAGGGGAAGAAUGUAUCAUAACAUGGUUGUUAUAUUGACAG